CAUUGCUCUCGCGCAACCUGGAUUCCCCUUGGGCAGGGAUGCUCUAUUUGGAAUUGGCACCAGCAAAGGAAGCUAACAACCAGCUUCAUCCCUCAUUGGGGGAUGCCUCGGUGACGCGAUGCCCCGCGACGGCCGGUGCCGGUGGAGCUGUCUGAUGCAAGCUGCCCCUCACUACCGCCGCCUCACUACACAACACCUAGAACAACACGCUUCAUAAGCAGAAGCCCUUCGACACUUACAACCUGCUGCGCUAUUCGAAAUCUCCUUCACUCAUCCAUCAAUCACAAUGGCACCUCUUAAAGUCGGCGACAGCUUCCCUGAUGGCGUUAAGUUCGAAUGGGCGCCCAUUACCGAUGGUGAUGCUACGGCUUGCGGCAUUCCCCAGGAGUACGAUGCGAGCAAAGAGUGGAAGGACAAAAAGGUCGUCCUCUUUAGCGUUCCCGGCGCUUUCACACCAGGAUGCCAGGCCCGCCACCUCCCUCCCUACAUCGAGAAGCUCAGUGAAUUCAAGAACAAGGGCGUGGACGUCGUAGCCACCAUCGCGAGUAACGACUCUUGGGUCAUGAACGCUUGGGGCAAGGUCAACGGCGUCAAGGGUGAUGACAUCUUGUUCCUCUCAGACACCAAGACCUUCUUUUCCAGGGAGCACGGCUGGCCUGCUGGCAUGGGUGACCGCAAUGGUCGCUGGGCUAUGGUAUUCGAUCACGGCAAGGUCAUCUACGCCGAGAACGAGCCGUCGCCCAAGGAUGUCUCUGUUUCCGGCGCCGAGGCCGUCCUUGCGAAGCUAUAGACAGCUCUGUAGGCUCUUGCAGAUCGACCGUGCCUUGCCAGUGCAUAGAUGACUAGAUAUCCUCCAUU